UGAGGGUCCAGCAGGGUUUAAAAGCUUUCGAGUAUGAACACUUGUCUAAUGUGAAAAGCAACACCUUACAAGUCCAGGUCUGCUUCAGAAUCAAGCUUUCAGAGAAUCAAGGUCUUUGUCUGUUGAAACAGCUGCCUGAAAAAAUGACAUUCAGAGUGCUUAUGGCUCUAGUGCUCCCCCUGUUGGUUGCGAGUGACUCAGUUUCUCAGACCGACUGCUCUGAUAUCUCCACUAAUGCAAAUGGAGUUUACACCAUCUACCCUGCAGGUGACACACCUGUACAGGUGUACUGUGAUGUGGGCUGUGAUGGACAAGUAGAGUAUAAGAAGUGGACGUUGAUUCAGAGGAGAAUGGAUGGCAGUGUGAACUUCUACAGACCAUGGGAGCAGUACAAGAAAGGAUUUGGGAACAUGAAUGGAGAAUUCUGGCUGGGAUUAGAGACUCUCUACCAGCUCACCAGCAAGAGAAAGUAUGAGCUGAGAGUGGACAUGGAGGACUUUGAGGGAGCGAAGGCUUAUGCCCUGUACUCUUCUUUCUCUGUGGAAUCUGAAGCCAAUGGCUACAAACUCAACGUUGCUGGAUUCUACAAUGGAGGAGCAGGUGAGAUAAAAUUAAUGAUAUGGAAAAUAAUGGAGAUGGAUGUUGAAGUGCAGAUUUUGUCAUGAUCGUACUUCAUCCUU